AUGGAUGCGGAUGUUAAUGCAGAUGAGUCGCCGGGCACUUUUCGAUGGCCACGGCGGAUGCCACUGCCUGCACUACCUGCUGGAAAGCCAGACGUUUCCGGAAUUUCGGACGAAGGCUGGGGGCCAUACCUGAGACAGCGAGGUGGUGAGAAGAUGAUUGCAGCUGCACGCAGCCAGGCAAUGAUGUUGGAUGGCUUGUCAUUUCCGCUCUCUUUGGCUUGGAUUUUGCUGCAGGAAUCUGUAGUCAGUCUUCAGCAGGGCGAUGUGCACGUCGUCCUCCUCGGUGCAACCUCCAAAGCAGAGGUUCGCAUCCUACAAGAGUCAACUUAUUGGCAGGAGUUGGUGAUGCUACUGGAGUCACGUUGCAACAUCCGGCUGCAUUUCGUGGGCCCCGAGAUCUCUCCAGCAAAGUCAGUUGAGAAGACUGGAGAUAUUCACUCGAUGCAGCCACCAUGCGCGAAACGGUUUUUCAUGGCUAGGAGCGACCUGACACCAGAGAAUACUAUUUGCGCAGUCUUCAAUGGUGGUUUCGGCAACUUCGUUUCCUCACGGCGUGAUGAGCUCUUCUGGAGCUGGAUGCCGGACUUGCUCUUCUUAGCAGACUCGCACUUUAUGUGCGUCUUCUUCUGUGCCUACGACUAUGCCGACCUAAAAGGGGAGGUGGCAAUCCACAGAGCGCUGGGCUCUUUGUUUGCCUUGGCUCCUCGGCGGAAUCCGUUCGCCAUGGCCACGGUGUACUCGGGGGAGGAUGACUCUGAAUGGUUCUCCGGCAACUCCUUCAUGUAUGCUACAUGUGGGAGCCAGAAAUCAGUUCGUCACCCUGCGAUGAUCUUGGCCGCAGAGGCCUCCGACAGACCGCAGCUCAUAUCCGCAGUCAUGAAGUUGGCCGAGGAUGAUGAAGCCUCUGUGGAGCUGGCAGCCCUUCCAGUUCGGCUUCAUCCAAGUCCAGCGUUGAAAGAAGGCGCAUCGGCCAAAGCUGCCGGCUAUGCCCCAGAAUCCACCCCCAGCCGCGUGACCUGCGGGGAGAUGAAAGCCAUGGAAGGUGGAUGGCGCUUUGAGGUGCCCAUGUCAGACUCUUCUUGUGUGGAAGCUGCUGAUUUGCAGAUCUCCGACACGGGGCUUUCCUUCGUUGCCGGAGGCGAGCGCAUUUUGGUCGAAUGGCCCCAAGCAGUUGACUCCACAACAGCUCGCGCAAGCUACUCCUCCAGGAGUUCCAAGCUGGUGGUGAAAGUCAAAGCUCAAUAG